GGCGGGCGAUGGGCCCGUGGCUGCGCUCGGCGGGGCUGGUGGCGGGCUCCACGCUGGCCUUCGCCGCCCUCCGCCAGGGGCUCCGGCUCAGCCCGCUGCCGGCGCACGUCCGCCUGGACGCCACGCGCACCUGGCGCUGGAGGAACCUGCUCGUCUCCUUCGUCCACUCCGUCGUGGCCGGGAUCUGGGCCGUGGUCGGGUGAGUGCGGAGCAGGGCCGCCCUCCGCUCCUGGGGCCAGGCUGCCUUGGAGCAUGCACAGAGCGACCCCCCCCCCCCGCCAGUCCACUGCCGGGGAAAAGGCAUCAUGGAAAGUCGGGGUGGGGGUGGUCUCUGAGCAUGCACAAAGUGCCUUCCCCGUCGCCGCCGCUGCUGCCUUUGCACUUCCCGGAGCCUGCUUGCCAGUGGACAUGCCCAGAGAAUGCUCCUUACAUAAACAUCAUCUCUCAGGAAUGAUGUAUUUUGCAAGGCUGGCGUUGUGGUGGCUGGGAGUGAGGGUGGUGGUUGUUGUUUCUGGGCAUGUACAGAGUGCCCUCCCCUCUUGGAUCGGCACCCGGGGCGAGGCUGCCUCUGAGCAUGCACAGAGAGAGACCCCCCUUCCCAUCCCUCCCCCCGCCAGUCCACUGCCGGGGAAAAGGCGUCUUGGAAAGCCGGGGUGGGUUUCUAGGUGGGGUGGGGUGGUCUCUGAGCAUGCACAAAGUGCCUCCCCCGCCACUGCCUUUGCACUUCCCGGAGCCUGGUUGCCUUUGCACAUGCACAGAGAACGCUCCUUACAUAAACAUCAUCUCUCAGGGAGGCGUUCAUCUGCAAGGCUGGCGUUGUGGUGGCUGGGAGUGAGGGUGGUGGUUUCUGGGCAUGUACAGUGUGCCACCCCUCCUGCAGCCUAGACAGCAUGUUGCAAAACAGAGGACAUUUCCCCCCCUUGUCUCUUUUUGAAAGAAGAAGUUGCUCCCCAGGGUGGGGCUACCAGAUGCGGCUUCUGUUCCCUGCCCUCCUCUCUCCCAGGGCAGCAGCCUGGCGCCAGCGCUGCUCAGGUUAAGACCCGGCUUCUGUUUUCAGGCUCUUGCCAAGGGCUGCCUGCCGGGGCCUUAAAACAAGGCUGCUUUUGUCCUUGGAGAUGAUGGAUCUUCCCUUUCCUGGUUCUACCUGUUCGCUAGAAGGUGCUUCCUGGCAAAUUUCCUCGAGGUCAGCCCUGUUCCAGGAAAACUGGAGAGACCAGAAAUACCUCUAAUAAGUCAAUGGAAGGAGCGGGUGCCCCUGAGUGUACACAGAGUGUGGGCCGCCCUACUCGCGAGGAAGCCCACACAGAUUUGGGGAGGGAACCUGGUGAACCUCAGCGGGGUUUUGCAACGUCCAAGGAAGCGUACGGCUGGCCAAGCAGUUGCCUGAUGCCCUGCUCUCCCACGCUGCCAAGGUGGGGCAUCCUUCACCUGUUCUUUCCCAUGUUUCUUAACUCACCUUCUCCGAAGGAGAAAACCGGUCCGUCUCCCCAAGAGGAGGCCGCUGGCGGGGCCCUGGAUGUGUCAGUCCCUGCCUUGGCACAGCCUCUCGUAGCAGGCUGGGGUUGCCCAAGGGGGCUGGCGCAGGUGGUCGCCCCCUGCCACUAUGCACCUGUUGUGGGUCUCCAGCCCCUCCUCAUUCCAGCAGGUGCUGGCAAGAUGCCAGCCAGAAUCUCUUGGUUGCGAAAAAGGACAUCUGUGCGCUUGUGUGUGUGAACGCCAAGAACCUGGUUUCGGAUCUUCGUGCAUUAGGAAAUCCCUAAUGGUUGUCUUCGAGAGAGAGGCCAUGAAGUUCCCCACACCACCGCAUGUUGCAAUAAAUGGUUAUGCUUCGUAAUGCUAUGUUGUUUUAUUUAGCAAUAUUUAUAUACUGCUAAAAAAUAAUCUUAAGCAUUUUGCAUAAAACGGGACAAAACAUUUUAAACAGACUUUAAAGAGUGGCAGACAUUGUGCUAAAAGCAGACUCGCUUGAGUUAGUAGCAGCUAAUAACAACAAGAAACCAAUUUAUUUAUUUUUUGGAGUUUUCUCUGUUUCUGUCUGUCUCUCUUUUUAAACACUUGGGAUUUUGGAGAAGGAAAGAACGCCCCCAUUUUGAAUUUAGGGAAAUUCUACAUGGUAUCUGUGCUGGAUUUGAGACAUCUAAUGUGAAUCUUGAUUAUUUUAGUUUGCAUUUGUGUCUGUGUGCAAGAGAUCCCGUUUUGGGUCUGGGAAGGAGCCUAGCUUUCCCUGGCCAGUAAUUCUGGUGGUCUGUGCCUGUCAUAUACUCCCUUCCCCUUAGUUUGGCUUAGUUCCAUGAUCCACCAGUUUUGCUCAGGGAUCUCUUCCUUGUAAUAUGACAUGGAUUUUGUGGGUUGAUCAAGGAACAGGACUGGCCCUUAAAGAGCGUGUGACCCUGGUAAGGCUGGGGCCAGGAGGAACUUGUUUCUCCUGAAUUUACCCUUUUUAAAAGUCCUCAUUGGAGAUGGCCUGUCCUAACUUGUGAAUCUCUUGUUUUCUAUCCCAUGAACCAGGGUGUGGAAAAUGCCUGGGGCUUUUGCCGACCUCAUCAACUCAACCUCUCGAUCCGGGCAUCUGCUGCUGUGUGUUUCCGCAGGUGAGAAACAGGUGAUGCUAGCAGUGCUGGGCUCAGGCGGGCAGCAACCCAGUGCCUUGUCUCUGAUGGAGUAAGGCAGCCUAACGGGCAAAAGGCGGCGCAGAGUAGUUUUGCCAAAAAAGGAAGUAGUAGUAAUAAUAAUAAUAAUAAUUUAUUAUUUAUACCCCGCCCAUCUGGCUGAGUUUCCCCAGCCACUCUGGGCAGCUCCCAAUCAAGUGUUAAAAACAAUACAGCAUUAAAUAUUAAAAACUUCCCUAAAUAGAGCUGCCUUCAGAUGUCUUCUAAAUGUUAGGUAGUUGUUUUUCUCUUUGACAUCUGCUGGGAGGGCGUUUCACAGGGCGGGUGCCACUACCGAGAAGGCCCUCUGCCUGGUUCCCUGUAACCUCACUUCUCCCAGGAAGGGAACUGCCAGAAGGCCCUCAGUGCUGGACCUCUGUGUCCGGGCUGAACGAUGGGGGUGGAGACGCUCCUUCAGGUCUACUGGGCCGAGGCCAUUUAGGGCUUUAAAGGUCAGCAACAAUGCUUUGAAAUGUGCUUGGAAACAUACUGGAUUUCAGUGGGGAAAAAUGUAAUAAUUGGGAAUAAUCACAUUCACAGAUAUAGGAUGGAGGACACCUGGCUUGACAGCAGUCCAUGUGAAAAGGACUUAGGGGUAAUAAUAAUAGUAGUAGUAGUAGUAGUAGUAAUAAUAAUAAUAAUAAUAAUAAUAAUAAUAAUUAAUAAUAUAGAUGCUAUUCCUGCAUUGCAAGGAGAUGGACUGGAUAACCCUUGAAGGCCCUUUUCAACUCUCUGAUUCUCCAAGAUGCAGCUCAGAGAGAUGGAAAGUUUAGCAGCCUUUUCCCACAGAAGAUGAGCAACUGCUGUAUGUGUGGUUUUUGGAUCGGGUAGAUAGGAUAAUGGCUCACAUUUCCCGUAUUUUGAUGCAUCUACACUUAAUGCCUUUGUUCCUAAGUUAAGAGCAGUUGUAAGCUGAAAUAAUGAGCAGGGCUUUCAGAAGCUUUUAAACUGCAAUGUUAAAACAUUAGUCGGAUUGAUUGCUGGGGGGGGGGGGGCAAGAAUCGGGGAUGGCUUUUGCCAACCGCCUGACCUCCAGAUGUUUCUGAUACGGCUCCCAGCUAGCGGUCAGGGAUGAUGGGAGUCUGUAGAGGAGAGGGCUAUCGAGGGCUGUUGUUGUUGUUGUUGUUGAGUCAUUUAGUCGUGUCCGACUCUUUGUGACCCCCUGGACCAGAGCACGCCAAGCACUCCUGUCUUCCACUGCCUCCCGCAGUUUGGUCAAACUCAUGCUGGUAGCUUCGAGAACACUGUCCCACCAUCUCUCCCCCUGUCGUCCCAUUUUCCUUGGGCCCUCCAUCUUUGCCAACAUCAGGGUCUUUUCCAGGGAGUCUUCUCUUCUCAGGAGGUGGCCAAAGUCUUGGAGUCUCAGCUUCAGGAUCUGUCCUUCCAGUGAGCACUCAGGGCUGUUUUCCUUCCGAACGGAGGGGUUUGAUCUUCUUGCAGUCCAUGGGACUCUGAAGAGUCUCCUCCAGCACCAGAAUUCAAAAGCAUCAAUUCUUUGGCGCUUUUGAAUUAUAGUGCUGGAGGAGACUCUUGAGAGUCCCAUGGACUGGGCUACUAGCCGCCAUGGCUCUGCUCUGCCACGGCGGUCAGAGGAAGGGAUGCUUCUGAAUACCAAUUGCUGGAAAUGUCAGGAGGGCAGAGCUGCUGUUGCGAUCAAGAUUGUGGGUUUCCCAUUGGGGCACUUGGUUGGCCGCUGUGAGAAUACGAGGCUGGUCUAGAUGGACCUCUGGCCUGAUCCAGCAACCAGGGUCUUCCUAUGGUCUUAUGGAACCUCCAGGUCCCAAGGCAGUCUAUCUGGUCUUUGGGGCAUUUGGCUACGGUGGGAACAGCCUGAUGGACUAGAUGGGCCCCCUUGGGCCCGAUCUAGCAGGCUCUUCUUAGGUCACGGAGGAGAAGGCUCCCAGGACGUUUCCGAGCACCAUUCAAAGUGUUGGUGCUGACCUUUGAAGCCCUAAAUGGCCUCAGCCCUGCAAACCUGAAGGAGCGUCUCCACCCCCAUCGUCCAGCCCAGAAACUGAGGUCCAGCUCCGAGGGCCUUCUGGCGGUUCCCUCACCGCGAGAAGUGAAGUUACAGGGAACCAGGCAGAGUUUCUGACGCUGCUUUGGGUCGACCUCACGUGCCCCCGUGAUUUCUCUGUGCAGAUAUUUUUCUGCUGUCCCUUGGCGUGCAAACCCUCCCGAUAUCGCGUGCUGCAGCAAGGUAGUUCUGCAGGUCAGCUGUAUGGAAAUAAAAUCCACCAGACACUCAGCGCUGCUGCCAACUUCCUUUUUUGCUCAACAGCGUAACGGAAACACGGCUGGUCUUGCUAAUUUUCCCCCAGCUGAGAGUUGGGAGCUGUGCUCUGUAUUGUGGAGUUUGAGGCUGCCCGGAUUCUGCUGGGUGCCCAUCAAUAUUUGGAGCCUUCUGCGUGAACGGGAGGUUUUCCUGGGCCCAGAAAGAGGGGAUUGUGAGCAGGCCGGGCCGCUCCCUCAUGUGACUUCCUUGAAUACAGGGUAGCUCAGUGGCAGAGCCUCUGCCUUGCCUGCAGGCGAUCCCAGGUACAAUCCCUGGUGUCUCCAGGUAGGCAAAAGACUCCUAUCUGAAACCCUGGAGAGCUGCUGCCAGUCAGUGUGGACUGUACUGAGCUAGGUGGAUGAUAAACGGUCUUGAGUUAGAAAAAAGCGACUUCUUUUGUUCCGAUUUAAAACCAGCUCUGAGGACUGGAGUCUUGAUGUAUUUUUAAGGCUGUAGCUCAACGGCAGAGGCUCUGCUUGGCAUGCAAAAGGUUCAGUGGCAUCCCCAGGUCAGGCUGGGAGAGACCCUAGAGAGCUGCUGCCAGUCAGUGCAGGCAGUACUGAGUUAGAUGGGUCAGUGGUCUGCGAUGCAAGGUACCUCCCCGUGUUCCUCAGUUUAAUACCCCAAAGUCACAGUGUUGUCAUUUUCAUCCUUUUAUUCACAACGUUUUCACAAAAUAAUAAUCUCAAACCGGGUUAGAUCAUUUUUGGUGCAGGAGUUUUAAAAGAGCUGAAAUUCAAGGGGGUUGGGGUGCUAACCUUUCAGGGUAAAAGGAUAAAAGUUUUGGGCCUUUUAAUAGUUUUAGGUGAUGGUAAGAUGGGAACUGGAGUCCUGGCACCAGAUUUAGAGAAGUUCCUCCACACAGGGCACCAAGCCAAGGGACCAAAAUGGAGAAGAUAGAAGAUUCGUUUGGGGGCACCAAAUUUUAGCCUCGCUCAGGGCGCCAUAUUAUAAAAAAUGACCAGAGUCUGCUCCUGCGCACCUGGAAGGCCACACCACAGGUUCCCCCAUCCUUGGGGGUGCAGAGGGUGGCGAGAGUGAACCUCUUCCUGCCGGGGGUUGGGCUGGAUGACCCACGGGGUCCCUUCCAACUCUCUAACUCUUCUUAUUCCUCCCCAGGUUAUUUCAUCCAUGACUCUCUGGACAUCAUCGUGUGCCGCCAGUCUCGGGCCUCGUGGGAGUACCUGGUCCACCAUGCCAUGGCAAGUACCGGCCCUCGUGGGCAGGAGAGGCAUCUCAGAGGCCGGUGGCCGCCCUCGGCUGGCUCUGAGUCACAAAGAUGCGAAGCAGGAAAUUUCCCUGGUUUUUCUUUUUUUUCUUUCCCCCUGCUGGAAAAAAAGUCCUGUUUCACGAGUUCGUUAGUAAACAUGAAUGUGUGCCGUUUGCAAAUUGUGAUAUAAACAAGCUUGGUAUUGUCAGUGUUUCUAAGCUUGCUUUACUAAAUAUGAGAAAAAUAACUUUUAAAAAGGUAGAAUGAGGUCACGCAAGGACAGGGUUUCUGCACAUGCUCACCACCCUCUAUCAAAGCAGGCAAGAGGUUUUGGCAGACUCCAGAGUUUGCGGGGCCUUAUCUGCUGUGGCUGCAUCCUGUGUUCCAGAUCUUCCCUUGACCAAGGGGGUGAGCUGGAUGCCCUUUGGGUUCCCUUCCAACACUACAGUUCUGGGAUCUCUGCUACUCUGAUAGACCAAAAUGAUCAAGGGAGUGGAAGAGCUCUCUUCAGAGGGAAGGUCACUGCAUUUGGGACUUUUUAGUUUGGAGAAAAGGCGAGGAAGAGGCAGCGUGAUAGACAUUUAUAAAAUCAUGCCUGGCUUGAAGAAAGUGGAUAGCGAAAAGCUUUUUUCUCUUAACACUGGGACUCUUAGACAUCCCAUGAACGUUGGGAGAUUCGGGAGAUGUUACAGGAAAUCCUUCUUCAUGCAGGGGAGAGUUAGCCUGUGGAACUCCCUAACACAGGAGGCCCCAACGGCCACCAAUUUGCAUGGCUUUAAAAGAGGACUAGACAAAUUUGUGGAUGAUAGAUAAGGCUAUGAAUAGCUGCUAUCCAUGAUGGCUGCCCUCUUCCUCCAGGGUCAGAGGCGGCAGUGCUUCUGAAUGCUAGUUGCUGGAAAGCGCAGGAGGAGAGAGCUGCUCUUGUGCUUGAAUCCUGCUUGUGGGUUUCCCAUGGGGGCAUCUGGGUGGCCACUGGAUGCUGGGCUAGGCCCGGGAACCCCUUGAGUCUGAUUCAGCAGGCUCUUCUGAUGUUCUUUGACACUGCAGAAUUCAGCUUUCAGAGAACCUCGCUUCUGUUUUUAAGUGGGGAGUUCCUAGUCCUCAUGAUUCCGGGAGAGCAAGAGUGCUGGGCAAAUGAGCCCGCUUUGGCCUGAUCUAGCAGGGCUGCCUAUUAUUAUGUUUUGUUUUGAUACAAUUUAUUAACUUUAUGAUAACAAAAAGGUAAAGGGACCCCUGACCAUUAGGUCCAGUCAUGACCAACUCUGGGGUUGUGGCGCUCAUCUCGCUUUAUUGGCCGAGGGAGCCAGCGUACAGCUUCUGGGUCAUGUGGCCAGCAUGACUAAGCCGCUUCUGGCGAACCAGAGCAGCGCACGGAAACGCUGUUUACCUUCCCGCCGGAGCGGUACCUAUUUAUCUACUUGCACUUUGACGUGCUUUUGAACUGCUAGGUUGGCAGGAGCAGGGACCCCCCGUCACAGGGAUUCAAACCGCCGACCUUCUGAUCAGCAAGUCCUAGGCUCUGUGGUUUAACCCACAGCGCCACCCGUGUCCCUAUUUUGUUUGAUAACAAAAGAACAAAUUUUAAAAAUCACACUUCUUAACUGACUUCCUGCAGACUCCCCCUCCUGGUUCCAUUUUUUCUACUUAUUUAUAUACAUCCACUGAGUCUUAUACUCUUAACUAUCCAAUUUUAAAACCUUAUGCAUAUCAUUACAAGUGACCUUUAGGAGGUAAACUAAUGUAGAAGCCAAUACACAAAGCUUACUAAUUAUGCCUGAAUAUUUCUCCCUUUUUUUAAAAAAAGAAGAGAGAAAAAGGAAAUAAAAGAAGAACAAUGUCCUUAUUCUUUCUAGGGUUUCAGAUUGUCUGAUGUGUCCUGCAUAGUUCAUUACGGUGGUACCUUGGGUUCGAAGGGACGUGGGUGGUGCUGUGGGUUAAACCACAGAGCCUAGGACUUGCCGAUCAGAAGGUUGGUGGUUCGAAUCCCCGCGACGGGGUGAGCUCCCAUUGCUCUGUCACAGCUCCUGCCCACCUAGCAGUUCAAAAGCAUGUCAAGUGCAAGUAGAUAAAUAGGAACCGCUCCAGCGGGAAGGUAAACGGCGUUUCCGUGCGCUGCUCUGGUUUGCCAGAAGCGGCUUCGUCAUGCUGGCCACAUGACCCGGAAGCUGUACGCCGGCUCCCUCGGCCAGUAAAGUGAGAUGAGCGCCGCAACCCCAGAGUCGGCCACGACUGGAUCUAAUGGUCAGGGGCCCAUUUACCAUUUUAUUUUACCUCGGGUUACAGACGCUUCAGGUUACAGACUCCACUAACCCAGAAAUAGUACCUUAGGUUAAGAACUUUGCUUCAGGAUGAGAACAGAAAUUGCGCUGCGGCGGUGCGAGGCCCCCUUAGCUAAAGUGGUACCUCAGGUUAAGAACAGUUUCAGGUUAAGAAUGGACCUCUGGAACGAAUUAAGUUCUUAACCCAAGGUACCACUGUAGUUUGUUUUGCCAAUUUCCUUCAUCUUCACCUAUUAUUAUGUUUAAAGACACGAUUCCUCCCUCUCCUCCUCUUUCCUCCUCAGGCCAUCAUGGGACUGUUUUCUGGGAUCCUCCUGAACCGCUUUGUGGCCGCCGGCCUGGUGACCCUCUUUGUGGAGGUGAGCAACAUCUUCCUGACCCUCCGCAUGAUGAUGCGCCUGGGCCACCUGCCCUUCCCCACCCUCUACCUGGUCAACAAGUACGUCAACGUGGUGGUCUACUUCCUCUUCCGCCUGGCCCCCCAGGCCUACCUGACCUGGUACUUCGUCCGCUUCGUGGAGAUGCGCGGCCAGGGCGCGUUCCUCAUGGUCAACCUGGUGCUCCUCGACGGCAUGAUCCUCAUCUACUUCUCGCGCCUCAUGCGCUCCGACUUCUGCCCAGGCGCCCGGGACCCCGACAGCGAGAAGAAGUUCCUGACGGACUGAGCCGCCUCUUGUGGUCUCUCCCGGACUCCUCGGCGGGUGGAGAGGACGGAUGGGGCAGUGCCAAAGGGAGAGCCGUUGUCGUCGCGCUCCUCCGCUGCCCGUGUGCCUUAUCCGCCGAGGACCGCGCCGUUCUCACUGUGAUGUUUCUUUUCCAAGCCUUUUCCUUUCCUUGUUCUGGGCCCGGUGGGGUUAGGGGGCUCCCCACCCCACCCCACCGGGCCUUGCCUUACUAGACGAGGGUGACGCCUUCCGAAUUCAGAGGGGAGGCAGUGCCGCGCCAAGCAGCCCCCGAGCCGAUCUGAGCUCAGCAGGAAGCGAGAGAAGAUGGGAAGAUUUGGCGGCUGGGGUUGAGUUUUUGCCUUGUUCGCUGUUGGUGGUUUGGAAAACGGAAGGGGAAAGGGUAGUUUCAAGCAUUAAAAGCUGUUCUCGAUAAAAGCC